GGUAUGGAGUUGUGUUGGCUCUUAGUUGGAGCACUGGUGUCUCUCUUGAGCAGAGUCCAAAGCGGCAUUCUCUAUCCCAGGGAGAGUGAAACAAGGCAGGUCAAAUCUUUGGACGGAAUAUGGCAGUUCCGGGCCAGCAACGAUACUGUGGACGGCAUUAAAGAGACCUGGUAUGCAGAAAGGCUUUCACAGAGUGGUCCAACUAUCCCAAUGCCAGUUCCAAGCAGCUACAAUGACAUAACUGAGGAAAAGGCACUGCGUGAACAUGUAGGAGUGGUCUGGUAUGAAAGAACUUUCUUUGUACCUCAAUCUUGGAAAGAUGAACAGCUCCGAGUUUGGAUCAGGUUUGGCAGUGUCAACUACCUCGCUCAUGUGUGGAUCAAUGGUAAACCUGUAGCCUACCAUGAACUUGGUCACCUUCCAUUCCAGCAAGAAGUAACUGAGGUGUUAACCUAUGGAUCUGAAAACAGAAUUACAGUUGCAGUCGACAAUACAUUAAGUCCUAUCACUGUUCCUCAAGGAUCACUAGAUAAAAUACAAACAAUAAAUGGACCAAAAACUGUUCAGAGGUAUACAUUUGAUUUCUUCAAUUAUGCUGGAAUCCAUAGAUCUGUUCAUUUAUUUACCACACCAAACGUCUACAUUGAUGAUGUUACAAUAAAUACUGACGUAGUUGGCUCCAAAGGUAUUGUAUACUUCAACAUCACCUAUAAUGGGACCUUUGAUAAAAAUUCAGUAGGUUGCUGGGUUGGAUUGUUUGAUGCUGAUGGAGUACCUGUUGCCAGUACUCCUUUAAAUGAUAAAAUUGAAGCAAAUAGUUUCACUGGGUAUUCAGAGAUUCCUAAUGCUAAACUAUGGUGGCCUUACAUGAUGAAUCCAGAACCUGGCUAUUUGUACACCCUUGAGGUACGUCUCUUAAAUUUAGCUAAAGGAAAUAAUAAUGUACAAGAUAUUUAUCGGCAACGUAUUGGAAUACGAACAAUACAAUGGACAAAUUCAAGUCUGUUACUGAAUGAUAAACCUGUUUAUUUCAGGGGAUUUGGCAGACAUGAAGAUUCAGAUAUUCGGGGAAGGGGAUUAGAUUUAGCUUUAGUCACCAAAGAUUACAACCUACUGAAAUGGAUUGGAGGCAAUUCAUACAGAACAUCACAUUAUCCCUAUGCUGAAGAAAUCAUGGACUUUGCUGAUGAACAUGGAAUCAUGAUUAUUGAUGAAUGCCCUGGUGUCAAUAUAGAUUUAUUUUCACCAGAUCUACUUCAAAAGCACAAAGACUCUCUCACAGAACUGAUUCAACGAGAUAAGAAUAGGCCAUCUGUUAUUAUAUGGAGUGUUGCUAACGAACCCAGAACUCAACAUCCUGCCUCUGCUGACUAUUUCAGAUCUGUGGUAAACCAUGUCAAGACAAUAGAUGACCGCCGUCCUGUGACAUUAGCUAUGAUACAAGGACCUGACAAUGACUAUGCUGGACAAUUCAUGGACAUCCUUAGUUUCAAUCGAUACAAUGCUUGGUAUCAAGAUCCAGGAAAAACUGAAGUGAUACAAUUGAAACUCAAAGCAGAAGCUGAACGGUGGCACUCGAAGCACAAUAAGCCAGUUCUUGUUACAGAAUAUGGUGCAGAUACAAUGCCAGGACUUCAUCUGAUGCCAGAGUACAUAUGGUCUGAAGAGUACCAAGUAGAAUUGCUUUCAGAACAUUUUAAAGCAUUUGACACUCUUAGGAAUAAAAAUAAUAGUUUCUUCAUUGGUGAGAUGAUUUGGAACUUCGCAGACUUCAAGACUGAUCAAGCUACUACUCGUGUUGGAGGUAAUUUAAAAGGCGUCUUCACAAGAAACAGGCAACCCAAAGCAGCAGCUAUACAUCUGAGGAAGAGAUACCUACAUCUUGCCCAUGAGUUAGAUAACUUCGAUUUACCUGACGACUUGGACAAAUACACAGCCCCUGUUAUGUCCCAUCAAUCAAAUCAUGUUGAACUUUAAAUUUAAAAAAAAAAAUUUAAUAACUUUCUUUGGAAGAGCCAUAUGUGUAUCCUAGCUAAAAGAAAAACUUAGUGAGUCCCCUUGGGGCACAACCUGAAAAUAAUUUUAUUUCUUAUCAAUAAAGUUACGUGUUAUUAAUGUGAUCAGUCAGUUAUUAAUCCUUUUUUUAAAUUAGGUUACAAAUAAUACAAUAUUGAAAACUUGUGAAAAACGCAUAUGACAAUAAAGAUAAAAAUUGUCUUCUAUCUAUCAUAACCCACAAAUAGAUAAAACUGCUUUAGAUUUUAAUAAUAAGUUGGGAAAUAAAAAAAUAAAAAUAUAACAUUAUAUUUUUAAUUAGUAAAGCCUGGAUGAACAAUAUAAAUUUAGAAAUUUUAUGGCACCAGCAACUUGGGCUAUUUUUGAUACAAACAAUAUUAAAAUUAGUGGCUUUGGAAAAAAUACAAAUACAGUUUCUUAAAAACUAAUAAGCGAUAUAUUUCUUUUAAGGCAUUAUUUAUAUGAGCACCUAUAAGUUACUAAAAGGCCACAGUAAACUCUGUACUAUAAUUCAUUUACUGCAUCAUAAAAAUCUAAAAAUAUUUCACUGAAGAAAUGUCUUUUAUAUCUAUACAAAAGAAAAAAAAAUCAUAAAAAUACAAUAUUUACAUAACAGCAUUAACAUAUUUUUUUACAAAAAAUAUUAACAAUAUCUUGGUUUAAAAACCAUGAUUAUUUCAUUCAAUUAAUGAAAAAUGUAGACAAUGUAUAUGUUAAAACAUAUUUUUUUAAAGCAAAUAAAUCCUGAAAAAUAAUUACAUUAACCUGAAAUACCAAGAGUCAUUACAUUACAUUAAAUUUAAUUUUUGAUAAAUAAAAUUUAAUUGCUCUUCUAAUGUUUCAUAAUAUAAUGAGCUUAACUAAAAUGAAAUAUCAUUUAUUUUAUCACAUAACUAAGCUUAUAUCACCAAUUUAUAGGCUAUAUAAAUUAAUAGCAUAUGAACUGUAUUAUAUCUAGGCUGAAGUGGAUAGUCUAAUUUUGUUAUAUAAGACUGGUGAAAAUUAAUAAAGUAUUGACUCAUAAAAUAUUUCCAUAAAUGUAAGAAAAUAAACUUUCUGUCAAUAUGCAAAAAAUAACAAUGAAACACAAAAUAUCACUGUCAUAAAUUAUAGAUAUAUAUAUUCAUUAAUUCAAGUAAAUCAAACUAAUAAAAAAAAAUAGUAAGACUCCUUAUUAUACACAUGGAUAAUUAUUUGGAUUUUAACAAAAUUUGUUGAAAAUAGCUUCUAUGAUUAUCAAAUGCAUUAUAGUUCUGAUAUAAAAUCUUUACAGCAUAAAGUGUAGGAAAUGGAACAGUUAAAAAGUUGUAUACAAAAGUACAUUUAUUAAAUAUAAAAAUCAUUGCUCAGUAUUGAGUUAAGCUAUAUUUUCAAUUAUCCUAAAAUCACAAAAAAAUGUAUUAAUAACCAUAACUUAAGAGGCAAAUAUAGAAUCCUUAAUCAGUUGACCGAUGACGAUAUUUUAACAUUGAUAUAUAAAAACAGAUCAAAAAUGAUAGUUGUGACAUCAAGAGAAAUCAAAGUAACAUAAUAUAACAGGCUAGAGGUUAAACGUACAAAAGAUUUAUUAUGUUGUUUAUUAAGAUUAACUAUAUAAAUAUAUUGAUAAAAUUAAGUUAAUAAAAUAUAACAAAAUAGGAAGAGUUUGGUUUUACAAAUAAAAUUUAAAUAAACAAGUUCAUGUUGUAGAAGUAAAUACUAAUAUAAUUUUUUAAAAUAUAAAAUAUAUUUGAUAACACAAGAUCUCAUCGGACCCAUCUGAAUUCAUUAGGAAUAAUGGCUGUCUGAAUAUUGAAAGUGAGCUGCCAAUUUCCUCAAUCUGAUACUUUAGCUGAUUCUAUAUCCAUCUAUUUGCACUAAAUGAAAUUAAAAUGAAUCAUAUUUAUUAACCCAUUGUAUGAAAACCUAUAACAACCACUUUAUUAUUUUUUUUUUUAAAUCAUAAAAAAAAAUUUUCUUACGUCAAAGAAAGGUAAUUCGUUCAUCCUGUACAGAUACUUAAUUUGCAGAUUAAGUUUAUAUUGAGAUAUUGUCAGCUCACUAUUUAUUAAAUUUAUUACGUACCAUUUUUUAAGUUUUACUAUUUUCACAGAUUUUCUGUUUUACUUAAUUGAUAAAUUUUAUAAUAAAUAAUUUCUACAUUUUAUGUUUUUUUUUUAAAUAUUAAACACAACAAAUUAAGUACUAAACAUAAUCUAAAAAAAUACUACAUACCUAUAUGCAACGCCAUUAUAUUUGGUUCUUUUGUACAAUUUAUAAUUUAUUUAAAUCUUUACAAAGUAAUAAUAAAAUAAGCUAGCAUCAACCAUUUGUAUGCAUAUGCAGUUUUAAAUAUAUAUAUAUAUAUAUAUAUUUAAAACUUAUUAAAAUUAAAUUUUAGCUUAAUCAAGGCACAUAAAUUUCACUAGCAAAUUGAAGGCAAAAAAAGCAGCAUUGUAAUUGCAAAAUAUCUUCAAUUAAUCACCAUUGUAUGAAAGACAUUUGUCAAAAUGAAUUACAUUCUGGAAUGUAGAGAGCACAUUACACAAUAGGGCAGUCUGUGUCUGAAUGGGGAAUUAAUAAUAAUGGUAACUACAACCUUUUAAAAAAAAAAAAUUCCAAUUAUAAUCAUUCCAAGCCUAAAUUAUACAUUAUUUAAAACUUUGGAAUUGUAACAACAUUCGGACAAGUGGAAAAUUUAUUUUAACUUUUCAAGUAUAAAAAUCAUGCAAAUAAGUGAGAAAAUUCUUGAAUAGCUAAUUAAAUAAUUCAUUUCUGAUGUAUGUUAAGUAAAAAAAAAAAAUGUAUAACAUAAAACAACUUUAAUUUAAGCAUCCUUUUUUUGACUGGUCCAAGCCAAUUAAUGAAAGAUAAUUACUUGGUUUUAGGAGCUGUUUCACAUUCCAUAUUAAUUUUUUUAAAUAUCAGGUAAAUUAAUUAUAGAAUUUAAUUGAAAAAAAUAUGCCCUCUUCGAUAGAGAUACUGUAAAUUGAGCAUUUUCUUGAAUUAAGGUUGGUUUUUUUCAUGAUAUUUUGAUCAGGUGGGAAUCGAAAAUAGAAUAAAUGAUUAGUUUAAUAAAUAAGUAAAAUAAAAUGGUAAAAUAAUGUUGCAUAAUCCAGAAGCUAUAAAUAUUCUCCAAAGUAGAUAUAACAUUUUUUUUAAUUUACCGAAAUUCAUCAGACUCAGUUUUGUUAAUAAAUUAAUAAUUAAUAUGAAUCAGUUUAUUCAAUUUGAAAAGAAAACUAAAUUAUGAAAUCUACAGGUUUUAACUUAGAGUUAUGUACAAUUGAAAUAACAAAAAAUAAUCACUAUUUCAUGAAUAUCAUCUGGAGAUGACGAGAAAAAAAAAAUCAAUAGUAUAAUUAUGACACAAAAAUGGGAGCAAAAACAGGAGACAUUUCACAAUCUGAUUUUCUAAGCUACAAUAAGCACCUUUUUAAAAAUAUAAAGCCAGCACAGCCUUGUUUACUAAAUGCUCCAACAAAAACUAUUACAUUUAUACAAUACAAGCAUAGCACAAUACAAAUCUGCAAAGCAGAAAUAAAACAAUAAGAAAUUUAAACGUUUUUCUUUCAUUUUACCAAUAAUACAUGAGGACUAUAUAAAUCUCUCAAAAGCCUUUUAUAUACAAACUACCAUAGAACAGAUAAUCAUAAUAUUUUAUCAAAUCUUUUAAUAAGAUCAGCAACAGUAAGUGUCCUCACAACAAUAAUUCAUUAAUAUUUCUUUAUUUGCUUCUAAAUUAAAAUUUAACAAUAUAGAUGAAAGAUAAACAAUUUGAACUAAUUUCAGAGAAAUAAUAUAAAAAUUGUGUUAUUUGAAAAAACAAGUAAUUAACAUUUGUGAGUAAAACUUAAAUCAACUUUGGUCUAUAAAAUGUUAUUUUCGAAAAAUCUGGUCAAGAGAACAGUCAUAAAUGUCUUCUUUUAUUUGCAAUUUCAUCAAUAUAAAAGUUAAUAACAUAAAUGUAGCUGUAAUAUGUAGCUGAAUAUUUUAUAUUAAUAUUCUUAAGCAAAGGUUUAAUGGCCUAAUUUUAAAUGUAUAGGAAAGAAUAAAUAAUUAGGCUACAUUUCUUUAAGAACUGUAUAAAGUUAUAAAAUGUUUAUCAAAUAUUGAUAAAAAAUGUUAAGAGACCAUUGAUAACAAAUCUUUUUAAAAUGUUUACAUUAAAUGCCCCCAAAAAGACCAGAAUAAAUUAAAGUGAUAAAUACUCAUCGAUGAAUUAAUUAUAGAAUUACUGAGCUUUCACAGCGAAGCUGGGUGGAAGCAAGUAGAUAAUGCCAUUGUUGGCAGAGUCCUUUUUGAAAGAAGCGAGCUGCUGAUCUUGACUUACCUCAACCCUUAGCGGCCGGCUCUUGUUUCCUAACAUGCAGUCGAACCUGCUGGCAACGUUUACUCUCAAAUCCACUCCUCUCAACCU